AGUGCUUGCGCGCCAUUGAGCAGCAACCUUGUGCACUUCACUGCUCCCGUCCCGAAUAUGGUCCCUUGCCAGCUUGCAGUUGAUGCCAAUACCCCCGUCUCCGAAGCCAGUGGCAACACUUUCUCAGCUUCGACAUCACCAGAAGCAGUUCCCGCCGGCGACCAUGCUUCUCCAAGCGUUCGUCCCGUGGAGCAAGACGACGAUUGCGAGAUGUCGGACGCACCCUCCGUCUCUGAUGACAACGAGGCCGACGCUAACGUUACAUCUCUCAACUAUAGCACAGGCACUGCUCCUGACGGCGGUGAAACACCUAAGCCCAGCAUCACCCUGAUGUUUAGCAGCUACGAAGAAGCCGACAGAGCAUGCCCUGGACCGGCCUGGACUCCGGUGCGUCCCGACAAUACGCUCCCAAAGACGCAACAAGAUCGUGUCCAGAUCGUAAUUCGUCUCCUUGAGGCGCUUCAGAACCGCACAGAUGUGCAUGACCGGGCCGGGUCCGUAUAUGGGUCACGCUGGCAAAAGAAAGAUCGCGCUGGCAAUUUCGUCGAUUACUAUGAUCCCGCCAUCAUGGAGAAGGUGUGUUGGGAUGUUCUUAAAAUUGCUGAAGAGAUGCACACGCAUCAAGGUGCCUCCCAUCUCCCCUUCCAUGACAAGGAGUUCAACAAGUGCAUCUACAAGACAAAGGACUGGACGUUUGGUACCCGCAUUGAUUGGAUGGUGAAGCUGAUGCGCGAUUUCAAGAGCCGCUGUGAGAAGUUGAUCAAAGGCGCCGAGCUGGCCUUGUACGUUGCAUCGCCGGAGGAAAUAUACACAACGAGCGAGCAGAACCGCAAACAGAACGACAAGCGUCAAGGGUUUCUGAAAGCCGGCCGAGAGAUUUCAAAAAAGGAGAAGGCUGCGGAAGAUGGUGCUGGCACCGGAGCGCCUUUUGUUGAUGAACUUCAGAGUGAGGCCCAGAGUGAAGCGGCCCCGAAGCCGGCAGCAACGCAACCAAAGUCCACGCGGAAAUCUCGAGCCAGCGCCUCCAGGACAAACAUCAAGAACUGUGUCAACGAGACCGGGGUGGAAGUCGACGAGGGUGGGGAGGCUGUGGCCGGUGAGGAGCCCAAGCCGCCUGCUAAGCCCGUGAGGAACCAGCGAAAGCGCACCCAGACAUCGCGGGCUGGCUCUUCCCAAAAAACUUCCAAGAAUACAUCGAGCGGUUCAGGGGACCAACUCAACCAGGCUGAUGAGGUGGAGGCUGGUAGGCAGCUGAAGAAGACCCGUGCUGCUUCGAAGAAGGCGUCAGAUCCCGCGAGCAAACCCACCGGGGUUCGCAAGCAGAAACGAAAAAAUCUUUAGGUCAGUCUCGGAGUUCCACCAGCGGCUUUUCGAGAUUCUGCGCUUUGGUCAGCACAUUGG